AUGGAUUGGAUGGAUCCUCUUUCCAUAUUUUUCCUGCUUGUCCUUACAAUAACACUUCUUUUGAAAAUGGGCAGUUUCUGGAAUGGCAACUGCCAAGAUUUCCCCCCAGGACCGAGACCAUUACCACUUAUUGGAAGUCUCCACCUCCUAGAUCUGAAGAGGCCUCACAUAACCAUGUGCAAGUUAUCCAAACAGUAUGGGCCUGUGCUCAGCCUUCAAAUGGGAACCCAGAAAAUGGUAGUGCUGACAGGAUAUGAGACUGUAAAGGAGGCUUUGGUGAACCAGGCCGAUGCUUUUGCUGGGAGGCCCUCCAUGCCAAUGUUUGAUGAAUUUGUGAACGGCUAUGGUAUUGUUUUCACUAGUGGUGAGAACUGGAGAGUGAUGCGGCGGUUUGCGUUAACCACCUUACGGGACUAUGGAAUGGGCAAGAAGACCAUCGAGGACCAGAUUAUUGAGGAGUGUGGUUUCUUGGUAAAGAGAAUUGCAUCUUACGAAGGAAAACCGUUUGAGAAUACUGCAAGUAUGAAUGGUGCCGUUGCCAAUAUUAUAGUAUCAAUAUUACUUGGCAAACGAUUUGAAUAUGAAGAUCCCACAUUUAUAAGACUGCUGAGCUUGAUCAAUGAAAACGUUCAGCUUUUGGGAAGCCCUUCAGUCCAGCUGUAUAACAUGUUUCCUGCUCUGGGCUUCCUUUUUGGCGCUCGCAAGACUGUCCUGAAUAACAGAAAUGAACUGUUCGCCUUCAUACAGACCACCUUCAUAGAACACCUCAAAGAACUGGAUGAAAACGACCAGAGAAGCUUUAUUGAUUCAUUCCUUAUUCGGCAGCAAGAGGAGAAGGACAAGACUAAUGGGUUUUUCCAUAAUGAAAACCUUAAAGCAGUGGUGGGUAACUUAUUCGGUGCUGGCACAGAGACCACUUCAACGACGCUACGCUGGGGCCUAUUGUUAAUGAUGAAGUACCCUGAAAUUCAGAACAAAGUCCAAGAAGAAAUUGCACGGGUGAUUGGGUCUGCUCAGCCACGGACAGAACACCGUGCAAAAAUGCCAUACACCGAUGCAGUAAUCCAUGAAGUUCAGAGGUUUGGUAAUAUUCUCCCAGCCAACUUGCCACAUGCAACCACUGUGGAUGUCACUUUUAAAGGCUACUCCAUUCCCAAGGGAACUAUUGUCCUCCCAUUGCUGUGCUCUGUGCUGCAAGAUGAAACUCAGUGGGAAAAACCACAUAAAUUCUAUCCGGAGCACUUUCUGGACUCUGAUGGAAAGUUUGUAAAGAGAGACGCAUUCAUGCCUUUCUCUGCAGGUCGGAGAAUGUGUGCAGGAGAAACACUUGCCAAAAUGGAGCUCUUCUUGUUCUUUACAAGUCUCCUCCAGAGAUUCACUUUCCAGCCUGCGCCUGGGAUGUCUAGAGGAGACCUGGACUUUACAUCCUUGGUUGGGUUGACGACGCCUCCAGUGCCUUACAAGUGCUGUGCCUUGUCACGUUCUUAA